AUGUCCUUGAGACCUAUUGCUACUACUAUCCGGACCCCCCUCCGCUUUCGUCCCCUCCCCCUCCUCAGAGCCUACCAUUCCCCGGAGCUUCAUUCUAACAAAGGCGAGAAAUUCUACAUCCCCGCCCAGUACCCCGACAACUUUGAAUCUCCCUCCCUCAUCAAGACGAAAGACAGCAACGGCCAUGAGAGAUGGGAGGAGAUUGAUGCGACCCUGAGCGAGGUGUCCGUCAAGGCGGAUCGGGGCGAUGUCCAAUUCGAGAUCAGCAAGCAGGAGAAGAGCAAAAAGAUCGUUCGGCCGGAUCUGGAGGCUGAGCCGACAGUUCACGAUAUGUGA